AUGCUGAUGGUUGCAAAGGCCUUGGGGCCAUGGGUAGAGUAUAGCUCUUUUGGCCAAGUAGAGAUCGUAUCGACUGCGCGGGAAGCAGCUGAGAACGCGAAGGUGCUGAUAAGUAUCGUGCCAGGAGGCAAAGAUGUCAAGACAGUGUAUUUGGAUGAGAAGACUGGUGUGAUUGCAGCGAGGAAAGAUGAAGGUAGAUUGAUGCUAGAAUGCAGUACAAUCGACGUUGAAAGCACAAAAGAAGUUGGAAGAAAAUUGAAGGAAGAGGGAUUAGGCACAUACAUUGACGCACCAGUAUCCGGUGGCGUCCCAGCCGCCGAAGCCGGCACCCUCUCCAUGCUCAUCGGCGCCCCUCCCCCGGAUCCCACAUCACUCCUCCCAAGCACCCUCUCCCUCCUCGGCACGCCCUCGAAAUUCUUCUACCUACACACCCUUGGUGCCGGCCUCACCGCCAAAAUCUCAAACAACUACCUCUCGGGCACAAUCCUGCUCGCCACCGCCGAAGCCCUCGCCAUCGGUGUCAAGCACGGCCUCGACCCCGCCGCCCUGUACUCCGUCAUCAAGAACUCGACGGGCCAGAGUUGGAUGUGCGACCACGUCCUGCCGAUCCCCAAUGUACAGACGGAGUACUGGGUGCCGAGUAAUAGCGGGUACAAACCGGGCUUCAAGACGCAGAUGAUGCUCAAGGAUCUGGGGCUGGGGAUUGAGGGCGCGAGACAGGUGGGUGUGGAGCCGAGUAUGGCUGUUGCGGCGAUGAAGGUGUGGGAGAAGGCAGCGGAGGAUGAGAGAUGCAGGGAUAGAGAUGGGAGUAGUAUUUAUUUGCAUGUUGGUGGAAUGUUGCCGGAGGGGUAUGAGGAUAAAGGGAAAAAGAGGGAGGAUGGGACUUGGGAGUUUGAAUGA